UGUAUAUAUACCCACAACAAACCUUCAAACCCACCCACAAAACAAACCAUCCAUCAUCAAAUCUCCCAUUAUUCUUCAAAUUCUCUCCAACGUUAUAAACCACCUUCAAUCAACGUUAUAUAUAUAUCGGUUAUUAUUAAUUUUAUUUUCACGUAAUGGGCAACUACGUUUCAUGCACUUUGGCGCCUCCUUUGAUGAAGAACUCCAAGGCCACGAGGGUCAUCAUUCCCACCGGUGAAGUGAAGCAAUUCAGAGAGAUCGUGAAGGCUGCGGAGCUCAUGCUCGAACACCCCAGCUAUUUCCUCGUUAAUUCUCGUUCUUUGCAUAUAGGAAGAAGAUUCUCUGCUCUCGGUGCUGAUGAAGAGUUGGAGUCUGGCAACGUGUAUAUUUUCUUCCCAAUGAGGAGAGUGAACUCCGUUGUCACCCCCACCGACAUGGCGGUACUCUUUUUGGCUGCCAACUCCGCCGCCAAGAGAUUGUCUGGUGGAAAGGCACGUGUUCUCCCGGACAACUGCGACGGCGGAGCAUGGCAACAUAAAGAAGAGAGUUCAAAAGAUGGAAGUUUAAGUGAGAUUCCAAGGUUGAGUUUGGAAGGAGUCGAGUCAGGGUUUCAGUGUAGGUUAAAUUAUUGUAGGUCAAGGAAGCCUGUUUUGGAGACUAUAAAUGAGGAACCUGUUAGGUUACGGUGAUGAUGUAAUGGAACUCAAUUCGUUUAGCAUCAGAAUUUUUUUUAGCUUCAAGAGAGAUUUAAUUAGUAGAAUUAUACAACACUUCACAAAAAAAAAUAUCUGAUCCCUAGCAUUAAAUUUGUACAAAAUUCAUAUAUACAAAGAAAAAGUUUGCGUGUGAUAUGUAUUGAUUAUUAUUUUAA